AUGGUGCCUUCACUCCAAAAGCCCGUGAAGGCAACAAAUUUAUUUACUCAUCCUUCUUAUAAGGAGAUGGUGCAUUAUUUGGUUUGGCCACUGCUCCUUUUUCCCAUGUUGUGGAAGGAAAAAAAGGGGUCCUCUGCUUUAAGUCAAAAACAAGCAAAGUUCUUCUCACGUCACACCCUCAAGUCAGACAUAGAAUUCAAUGAUAAACAUGCAAAUGCCAGGGACAUGACUGGAAUUCAAGCUUUAGCUGAACUAAAUCGUUUGUCCUAUAUGGGCUUAGUAGAGUAG